GUUCCGCGACCUUUUUGGAGUGUCGUCGUAUCUGCUGUCUUCACAUAACUUCCACACCAUUUGCACCAGCUUUACGCCUCGGUUGAAUAUCAUGGCUUUCGGCACACACCAAUUUAUUAGAACGCUUUCCUCCACCGCAGUACGAAAUGCGGCGAUUAAACACAUUACGAUCAUUGGAGGUGGACAGAUGGGCGCCGGCAUUGCGCAGGUUGCUGCAGCCACAGGCCACUCAGUGGUGUUGGUGGACACUUCCGAUGACAUCUUGAAGAAGUCCAUCAAAGGUAUUGAGGGCAGUUUGAAAAGAAUCGUCAAGAAGAAGUUUGCGGACAAACCGGAGGCAGGAGAAGAGUUCGUUCAGAAGAUAUUGAAGAAUGUGUCGACAAGCACGGAUGCUGCAUCAGUUGUUCCUGGCACCGACCUGGUACUGGAGGCCAUAGUGGAGAACCUCAAGGUCAAGCAGGGCCUCUUUGGUAGUCUGGACAAAGUGGCCCCUGAGCACACUAUAUUUGCAAGCAAUACCUCAUCUCUUCCCAUCGCAGACAUUGCCAGCUCCACAGCCAGGCUGGACCGGUUUGGAGGUCUUCACUUCUUCAACCCUGUUCCCUUGAUGAAACUGGUGGAGGUCAUUCAAACACCAAUGACCAGUCAGGCCACCUUUGAUGCUCUCCACGACUUUAGCAAAGCUUUGGGAAAACAUCCAGUGUCUUGUAAAGACACUCCUGGAUUUAUCGUGAAUCGCCUCCUGGUGCCUUACAUGAUGGAAGCGAUCCGACUACACGAAAAAGGCCAUGGAUCAAAGGAAGACAUCGAUGUGGCCAUGAAACUUGGCGCCGGCUACCCCAUGGGCCCGUUUGAGCUACUUGAUUAUGUUGGACUGGACACUGCAAAGUUCAUCAUUGAUGGCUGGCAUGACAUGGACCCUGAGAACCCCCUGUUCAACCCGAGCCCCAUGUUGAACAAACUGGUGGAGGAGGGCAAGUUUGGGAAGAAGACUGGAGAAGGAUUCUAUAAGUACAAGUAGCACUUUAUGGCAUGACCGGCUGCUGAGCAUUGGUGUUUUCAGAGAGAUCAGCCCAAGGUAAGUGUGCUCCGGCCCAAAGCUAGAGGCCGAGGCACUCAGGGGCUGUUUCAGUGAAAUUGUGAAAAUUCAGGUGCAACACGGAGUGCCUUUCUGAACACUUAACUGUUGUUAUUUAGUGCACGCCAAAGUCUUUCUAUCGCGCAGUGUAGUAUGAAAAUAAAGGAAUUGUUUUUUAAA